AUGAGCUCCUGGUCAAGUCUGGCUCCUGAUCAGGUGGCUUCGCUCCCGUUGCUCAUGGAUUUCUCUCCGGAGGGAAUGAUGGCGAAUGAUGCCGGGGACGAUGCGGCCGAGCUGGAAGCGGAGCUCAUGGCUCUCGUGGGAGGCCAGCCGGAUCCUAAAGGAAAACCCAAGGGGAAAACGCCCUUGCCCAUGGAAGCCAUCGAGAGGAUGGCUGCUCUCUGCAUGAAGGACCUGGAUGAGGAGGAGGAGGGAGACGACGAGGAAGACCUGGAGGAUGAGGACGAUCUCAUGGCAGAGCUCCAGGAAGUACUUGGUGAAGGGGAAGGAGAUGCCGAUGUCCCGGCGCCGGCUGCAAAGGUGGAUGAGGCGCCUCCGGGAUGCGGCGGCGUCGCGGCCACGCUGGCGGAGCGCGCGGCCAUGUACAGGACGGCCAUCGGGAACGCCCGGGAGGCCGGAGACGCUUCCAAAGUGCGGCGCUACGAGCGGGGCCUCAAGACGCUGGAGAACAUGCUGAGCUCCGCCAGGAAAGGGAAGCACGUCGACGAGCAGGACAUCCCGCCGCCGGUGGCUUUAGGGAAGAGCUCCGAGCGGCUGCGAAUUAUGUGCUCCUCGCCAAGGUGCCUCCCGGAAUCCCUGCGGCCUGGAGGUUUUAUGGAAAACUGUUCUGAUGUUCUCCGGGGCUUUUUCCAGAGCUUCGACCCGCUCCUGGAAGCGGUGGGAAAGGGCCAGCCGGUGGAUCCCAGCAGCAUUCCCCCUUCUCCUGACCAGCUUCCAAAGGAGCUGCUGUCUCCCGGCCGGCAGCAUCCCGCUGCUCCGACGCCCGCGGCCACUCCGGAAGCCCAACCGGCCUCUCCGGCGGCAGACAUUCCCGCUCCGCCUCGGGAUGCCCUGGAAGCUCUGCAGCAGCGGAUGGAGAGGUACCAAGCGGCGGCCGCGCAGGCCAGAGGCAAAGGGGACGACCGCAAAGCCCGGAUGCACGAGCGGAUCGUGAAGCAAUACCAGGAAGCCAUCCGGGCUCACAAAGCAGGGAAGCCGGUGGACUUCUCGGAACUGCCCGUUCCCCCAGGCUUCCAGCCCAUCCAGGGUGUGGAGACGCCGGCGGGAGAUCGGAGCCUCGCGGGCGUCUUGGAGAGCGCCAUGAAACUGGCCAGCCAGGAGCUCCGCGAUCCCGAGGAGGAGCCCGAGGAGACGAAGCAGCCGCAGCCCCUUCCCCGCACCACGAAAGCCCAGCAGCAGCUGGCGUUCCUGGAGGGCAGGAGGAAGCAGCUGCUGCAGGCGGCGCUGAGGGCCAAGCAGAAGAACGACAUGGAGGGCGCCAAGCUCUUCCUGCGCCAGGCCAAGGGCCUGGAGCCCAUGAUGGAGGCGUCGCGGAGCGGCCUUCCCGUGGAUAUAUCCAAGGUGCCCGAGGCUCCGGUGAACAAGGAGGACUUCGUGCUGGUGCCGCGCCGGGGCGUCAGCAUCUCCCCGGAGGCCGCCAGCCAGUACCUGGAGCUCAUGAAGCUGCUCCGGCAGCAGCACGAGAUGUGCGUGACGUAUUCCAAGCAAUUCACUCACCUGGGGAACAUCGCGGAGACGACCAAGUUCGAGCGGAUGGCCGAGGACUGCAAGCAGAACAUAGAGAUCCUGAAGCAGGCCCACGCGCGGGGCUUCCCGCUGCCCCGCUACCACUACGAGCAGAGGACCUUCACCAUCGUCAAGAUCUUCCCCGAACUCAACAGCAACGACAUGGUCCUGGCUAUAGUGAAGGGCAUCAACCUGCCGGCCCCGCCAGGUGUAGCUCCCAACGACCUGGACGCCUUCGUGCGCUUCGAGUUCCCCUAUCCCAACGCGGAGGAAGCCCAAAAGGACAAGACCAACGUGAUCAAAAACACAGACUGUCCCGAAUUCAACGAGCAGUUCAAGCUCUACAUCAACCGAGGACACCGGGGCCUCAAGCGCGUGCUCCAGACCAAGGGCAUCAAGUUCGAAGUGGCUCAUAAAGGGGGCUUGUUCAAGACGGAUCGAGUGGUCGGCACGGCCCAGCUGAAGCUGGAGGCCCUGGAGGCAGCCUGCGAGGUGCGGGAGAUCGUGGAGGUGAGGCCGGGAGGCCGGGCUGAGGCCGGGCUUAUGGAAGUGAUCGUCCGGAUCCGGGAGCCCCUGAGCUCCCAGCAGCUGGAGACGAGGACGGAGCGGUGGCUCGUCAUCAACCCCAGCACCCUGCCCCCGGUGGCUGUCCCCAAACCCAAGCCGGCCGUCGCUCCCAUCAAGGACGCGGGCAACAGAACGUCCGUCUGCUCCGUGCUGUAG